AUGGAUCUUCAUGAUAAACGAAACGGGGAGAAGCACCAACUUAGUGGUGGGGCCCUGGAAGAGCAUGGAAACGAAAUGGUAGGAGACAAGGCAAAUAAAGACAAAAGGAUUUAUAUGAAGUACCAUGAGGGGAAGGAUUACAAAGAAGAGGAAAAAGAAGAUCGAGGAAAAGGAGUUCCUCAUAAACGGAACAGAAGACCGAGCAGAACUCCUCCUAGUAUUGGCGACCAUGCAGUGGACAAGGGGGAGGAAUACCAUUUAGUGAAAAAAAAGAAAAAGGCAAAAAUUGUUAAUGAAUUAUCAUCCCGUGCGUUAUCCCCUAAUGGUGAAGCGAACAACCCUAUGAGUUAUGGUGAUGACCAAGACAGCUACGAUCGGGAUGAUCACCAAGUGGAAGGAAACAAAUGGCAAAAGAACAAAGGGUAUUAUCACCACGUGAGUGAUAACAAGACAUAUAAUAUGCGUAAGAUGGCACACUACCCCUCCCACACGGAUACCUCCCCUGGGGAAAAACGAAACCUUCGGAGUAGCAGCAUUCCGAGCAGCAUAAGUCUGAAAAAAGGAAAUGCCGCACAGGAGGAUGAAUCAACGACCGAUGAACAUAUCCCAAGAAAUAAGGAUAGCAAAUUGUAUGAAUUAAAAAGUAAGGAGGGAGGUUCCUCCUUUAUAUGCCAUCCUGAUGGAAGUCGGAGGAGGGUGUCACCCACGAGGAGAAAAAGCUUCUCUCAAUCGAGUGUGGAAAUGUCCGACAGAAGUUUUACCGCAAAAGGGAAAAGAAGCUUUCAGGGUGGGAAGUAUGCAAAGGAGGGGAGGGGCAGCCACCAGCAGGAGGCCAGUCAUGGAAGUGAUGUGAAUGAUAAAAGUGAUACACGUGAUACACGUGACAAACACGGAGGACGCAGAAGAAGUUACGACGAUGCUUCGCCAUAUGAGCAAAAGUAUCCGACGCAGGAAGCCACACGGGGGGAUGGUUAUGUGGUUGAGGGGAGAGGAAGACCACAUGGCGCACACCUGUCCGGUGAGUCUGUACGCAGGGAGGACGAAACCUCGAGCGAGUACAGACAGGAGUCAACGUUUAGCAAAAGUGAAAGGAAUAAAAUGCACAAGAGGGGGAAACAACCUAGUCGGAGCAGUGGAAGCGCUAGUAGGGGAAGAAGCAGGAGUGCGGGGAGGCACUCCUACAAUAGGCGAAAAAGACCUUACAGUCCACUUGCCAAGGAAGAUCCACCAAACACAUAUAAGAAGAAAUUCCAGAGCGGGAGGAAGAAGCAGGAUUGGCAUAAAGACGGAGGGAAUUAUUAUCAUGGGGAGGGAGAGUAUGAGAAGGAACUGCCUCCGAAAUGGAAUCAACGUGAAGGUUCAUCUCGUGGCGGAAGCGCAAAACUCAGUGACGAUAGGGAAGACCCCAAUGUACCAAGAAAAAAAAAAAAAGAGUAUCCUCAAAAUGGACAAUGCAGAGGAGAAAAGUCGUUUGACCCCCACGGAGGGGAAGGAAACGAAUCCCCCACUGAUGGGAAGGCACACAAAGGGCAUUAUAUUAAUCAUAGCCCAGAGAAGGGGCAACGAAGUGAAAAGUACAACCUGCACUCGAGGGAGUACUCAAGUAGAAAACGUGAUCGAAGUGAAAUGGACGAUGAUGAUACCAUAUAUGAUAAAGGCAGGUAUUAUUAUCCACACGGGAAAGCGUAUCAUGCCAGGGGGAGGAACCACAUUAAGCGAUUGAACAAAUAUAGGGGAGAUACCGAUGAGGAAGAAAAAGAGGUGGAAUUCAAGCCGCGCUCCGAUCAGCGUAUUAAUCACCAUCAGUUCGAAACAGACUAUCAUGGAGGAGGAGACAAACACAACGAGACGAAUCCCCAUAGAGAUAGAAGCUGUGACAACAGUGGUGAUGUUGGAAGUGACAUAUCCGUGAACGAAUUAAAUAUGGGAAGGAUGAAGGAAAAAAAAAUUCUUGAGUUUGUUCAAAUAGAUGGUUGUGUGGAGAUAGAGUUAUUGUCCGAUGCUGAUUUUACCAAUUGGCUGAGCGACGAUUGUGGCGUCUCAGAAGAAGAGGGGGUAGAGCCAGAUGCGGCCGACUUGACCGAAGGAGGCCAUGUGAAAGGAGACCCCGUCCAUAUCAAAUUUAGGAAUUCCCACUUGCGGAAGUUUGUUUUGUGUAGCGGCCAGUUUCGCAUGGGGAAGUUGCCUCCCCCAAAUGAGUGGAGCCAUCCCUCCACGCAAAAAAGGAGCAUGAGCAUCUGCUCCUCGGAUGGCAACACGUAUAGUAAUAAUAAGUAUGCACCCACCACUCGUACUGCUAAUUACAAGCAGAGUGAGUACAGACAGGAAAAAAAUUCCUCCAAUUCCUUUGUGGGCAAUAAAUUUUGUGAUGUUUCCCUAUUAAAAAGAAGAGGCUCACACAGUGAUCGAUCGGAAUCGCCUGACUCGUUCAGGCGAAAUGGCUACAUGAGUGGUAAAAAUUAUCGUACCAAAUAUGACCCGAGGAUUGAGGAGCGCAAACAGAUUCCCAGUGUCGACAGAGAAGCGAAUAGACGUCGCUCCAGUUCUGCUUCUGCAGUACGUGACGAACUUGUGGAAUGUAGGAGUGGUGACCGUGAGGGGGAAUUCCCUGAGAGGUCCAGAUGGCGCGAAGAGAGAAGAAAAUACACAGGGGGUCAUCAGGUGGACGAUAAGGAAAGGAUCCGUGAUGGUAGCCGAAGUAGCAGCUGUCGAAGCGGACACGGAAACGGCCAUGGAAGCAGAAGGUUUGGCGAAUCGAGGGACGCCACCCACAUCCAGGAAAUGAUUACCCCACCCAAGUUUAGCGGCGACAGAGUGUUCAACCAAAUUGAACGAAAAAAGGAUAAGACCCGUUCGCACCGAGAAGAUUAUGAGAGGCGCUCUCCUAAACAUCAUGUACAUGGGCAAAGGUGGAAGAGCCCGCAUGCACAGAGUGGUAUGAGGAUAGGGCGAGAAGAAGACCAUCGUACGAAUGGAAAAUACCAUGGUGACGAUACACGUGUUACAAAAAAAGAAGAAGGUAGUCGAGCUGGUGCCCAAGUGACAGUGACAAAAACCCCCACUUGGGUGAAUGUACCCGAAUUCGGCAGCAUACCAAAUUACAUAAAUGAGAUUAUAAAAAAUAUGAACAGUUCAUAUGAAAUAAAUGAACCUAUCGACAUGCUAAACUUGAAGGCAGGCAAAUCCUUUCGUACUCCUGAGUUACUCCAGGUAGUUAAUCAAAUGACGAGCACAAAGAGUUUUUUGAAUUUUCUGGACAGGAGAAAAGAAGCCCAAAAGAAAUGGAAGAUGGUCGCCCGAAAUCUUGUACACGAAGAGUUUAAAAUUUUGAGCGACUCGAUAAGUCGUGAUGUGAUUGACGCGAAAAUAAAAUUCCUCACAAGUUCGCUGAGAUCUCUGUAG